CCACCGGUUGGCUGCGCCGUCGGUCGCUUCCUCUCGUUUGCGUCUUCGACCCCUCCCCAGCCCCGCUGUUGAGUCCGACGGAAGCCUCAAUUUGAGAGCCAUGGUGGAUUUGAGGCUUACGAGGGGCUUCAUCUUCUUCGAGUUGGAACCGUAGCAAUCCCUUUUUUGAAUCCAAGAGGUGAAGUUUUGUGGGGUUUGGGGUUCUUGGCAUUGUCUUGGUGCAAUAAGAACUCGGUGGUGGAAUAUAUGGAAUGGAUCUGUGAGUGUCUUCUCUGGGAUGCGUUCAUUGACGGUGGAGGAAUUCGAGAUUCACCAAUCAGAUAGCCGGAGGAGAAGCAGCAGGAGGAGGAGGAGGAGGAGGUGAUUACAGAGUUUAUAGGGCGAACAAAAGAAGUUCAUGACGGAUGGGAGAAGAUCUCCUCACUACCUUAUCCAUGGAAAACCAUCACCCCUCCACACUUCUCUCCAUGGAUCCAUCUGGAGGCUCGGUAUUGUCUUCGUCCUCACACGAGGAUUCGGAUCGCGAGCUAUUGAUCCAGCGGCGGCAGGUUGUCCUUUCUGGUGCUCCCGACAUCAAUCUCCCCCUCUCCGCCGAGCGUUCUCCUUCCCAGCAAUCGUGGAUCUCAGACCCUUGUGACAUCUUGGAUGUCGGCCUUGGCCCUCAGAUCUAUGAUGCAGAGGCCACCCUUCACAUUCCGAAGGUCACCGCUGCCCGCAAGUGCACUAAGCGAGGGGAUAGCAUUUGGGGUGCGUGGUUCUUCUUUAGGUUCUAUUUCAAGCCUGUGCUCUUGGAGAAGUCCAAGGGAAAGGUCAUCUGGGAUGCAAACGGGGUUAAUGGCUUCGAUAAGUCUGAUGUCAGGCAUGAUGUGUUCUUGGUCCAGCACGACAUGGAGAACAUGUACAUGUGGGUCUUCAAAGAGAGGCCUGAGAAUGCGCUCGGGAAGAUGCAACUGCGGAGCUACAUGAAUGGACAUUCUCGUCUUGGCGAACCCCAGUUCCCGUUCAGUGUUGACAGGGGUUUUGCUCGGUCUCACAGGAUGCAGCGCAAGCAGUAUCGGGGACUCUCAAACCCUCAAUGUGUCCAUGGAAUUGAGGUUGUCAGAUCGCCCAAUCUGAUGGUAGUUUGCGAGGCGGACCGCAAGAAAUGGGUGGAGCUCGUGGGCAGGGAUCUGAACUUUUCAAUUCCGCUCGAGGCCAGUGAUUUUGAGUCGUGGAGGAAUCUUCCCAGCACCGAAUUUGAGCUUGAGAGGCCUCCACUGAAGAGCACUUCACAUCCCCAUCCCAAGAAGUUACUAAAUGUCUCGAGUUUGAAUUUGUCUUCACAGUCGAAUCAUUCUAAUGGCGAUGGGAUGGACCUUUCUGCUGUCUGCAGUAAACGCAGGAAAGAUUUCUUCCCUCAUGUUAUGGAUGAGGAUUUAUGCUUUCCUACGAACCCACAUGCUGAGAGAGGUCAAGAUGUGGAGAUGCACCAAGUUGGGACCUCAUGGUUGAACGAAUUCACUGGUGUAAUGAAGCAUGCAUGUGGGCCUGUGACUGCUGCGAAGACUAUAUAUGAAGACGACGAGGGGUAUCUGAUAAUGGUGAGCUUGCCUUUUGCCGAUCGACAGAGGGUAAAAGUUUCUUGGAGGAAUGGUAUUACACAUGGAAUAUUGAAGAUAAUUUGUGCCAGUACUGCCCGGAUGCCUUAUGUAAAGAGGCAUGACAGGACAUUUAAACUGACUGACCCCUCUCCUGAGCAUUGCCCUCCGGGGGAAUUCAUAAGGGAGAUAACACUACCGACACGUAUCCCUGAAGACGCUAAGCUAGAAGCAUACUACGAUGAGACUGGUGCUUUGCUCGAGAUUAUAGUUCCAAAACACCGAGUUGGACCAGAAGAACACGAAGUCCGUGUGUGCAUGCGUCCCCCUCACCUUGGGGCUAAUGAUCUUCUGUUGACCUGAAUAAGUGGUGAUAUUAUGCUUGCCACUAGAUUCAUGGUUAUGUUUUCUUUGGUUAAUAAUUAUGUACCAUGAAAACGAAAUCUGUCAAAUUGAAGUGCAUCCUUAGUAAUGAUAAUGUUUUACUGAUUAGUUAUGAUGCA